AUCCCAUUGAAGUCUUUGUGUUUUCUCUUCAACCUUGGUAUACGCUUCCAACCUUACCCUGCAGAGGACUCCAUCCUCCUCACAACACAGAAAGCAUCUAUCCAAUACCCCCUCAAGCAUCGCCAGCUCUCUGAAGUAGUCCCUCCCUACCACCACAAGCAUACUACAACAAUGCCCAAAAUCGUGUGUCACGCCGGCACAGGGCCCAAUGACAUCUGGUCCUACUGCCCUUCCUUCAGCGCAGCAAUCCUCUUCACGGUCCUCUUCGGCAUCACGACAUGCGCCCAUAUACUCCAGGCAAUCAUCUACCGCAAACCCUUUGCCAUGGUUCUCAUCAUGGGUGCCCUGUGGGAAACGGGCGGCUACGUCGCUCGCAUAUACUCGAUCGAGAACCAGCUGUCGAGCGGGAUCUACACGGCGCAGCUGCUCCUGAUCCUGCUCGCGCCGCUCUGGAUCAACGCCUACAUCUACAUGCUCCUGGGGCGGAUGAUCCACUUCUUCCUGCCCAAGGGCCGGGACCGCGUGUUCAAGAUCCGCGCCCGCGCCAUCACCCGCAUGUUCGUCGCGUUCGACAUCACGGCGUUUCUGAUCCAGGCCGUCGGCGGCACCAUGACCGGGCCCGGCGCGAGUGCGUCGGUCCAGAAGACGGGGCUGAACGUCUACACGAGCGGCGUGGGCGUGCAGCUGUUCUUCCUCGUCGUGUUCGUCUCCCUGGCCAUCGGCUUCCAACGCAAGGUCAAGUACCUGAAGCAGCGAAGCGCCUCGACAGGGUCGGGUUUCUACCUGGCCGACACCGAAGCGCAAUACCAACCCGUGCUCGCCCCAUCGCCAGACCCAGCCCGCUCCCCGUCCCCAAUGCCCGAGGAUAGCACACCGGACCUCGACCUAACCACGCCGCUGCUCCGCGUGCUCUACGUCACGCUCGCGCUGAUCAUCGUGCGCAAUAUCUACCGCCUCGUCGAGUUCGGCAUGGGCGCCAACUCCCCGACUGUGACGCACGAGUGGUUUGCGUACGUCUUCGACGGCGUGCCCAUGUUCUUCGCCCUCCUGGUCCUGAACGUCUUCUACCCGGGCAGAUUCCUGCAGGGCGAGCGCAGCGACUUCUCCCAGGAGGACAAGGAGCGGAAGCAGGAGAAGCGGGCGCGGAAGGAGAAGAAGAAAGAGGAUAAGCGGGAGAGGAAGGAGAUGAAGAGGAUGGUCAAGAUGGCCAAGAAGGAUGGGAAGAAUGGUGGGGGCGCCGUGUAUGAGGCUUUGAAGUAAGACACCCACGGAAAGCGAGCGUUAUCAUCCUCAGCACCAGUUUUUAUAUUUUUGUUAGCCUCCUGCGUAUGAGAGCGAUGAGUUAUAGAAGAGGCGGCAGGCUCAAGUUGGACGAUGUCAUGGAUUCUUUA